AUGGAAAACCUCAUCCAAAAGACGAUGCUCUACUCUUGCUCUUCCUUGUUCGGCAUCCCCUUCCUCCUCACCACGCUAAUUGCAAUCAUCCUCGCAGCCACCUUAUUCAUCGUCCGAAACCAUAGAAGAAACCUAUCCACAACCGCCGGUUCAAACUCGCCGCCGGGCCCAUGGAAGCUCCCCAUCAUAGGCAACAUCCACCAGAUGGUCGGCGACCAACCCCACCGCCGGCUCAGGGACCUCGCCCGCAAACACGGCCCCGACGUCAUGCGCCUCCAGCUCGGGGAUCUCUCUUGCAUCGUAAUCUCGACCCCCGAAGCCGCCAAACUCGUCAUGAAAACCCACGACGUAGCUUUCGCUUCGCGGCCCUAUUUCCUGGCCGCGGAGGUGAUCUUCUACGGCAGCAGCAACCUAUGCUUCUCGCCCUACGGAGAGCUCUGGAGGCAGAUCCGCAAGAUCUACGCCCUGGAGCUCUUCAGCGCCAAACGAAUCCAAUCCUUCCGCCGCAUCAGGGAGGAAGAGGUCUCCAAUCUCGUGGCCCGAAUCGCCGCGGGUUCUUCGACGUCAGGGAAGCCCGUGGACCUCAGUCGGAUGCUGCCCACUCUGACGAGUGCCAUAAUUUCCAGGGCCGCAUUCGGUAAGUCGCAGGAGCUGACCGACGCUUUCAUGGUCGUCGUCGAUCAUGGUUCGGAUGUCUUCGGAGGUUUCAGAAUCUCCGAUCUCUAUCCUUCCCUCAAAUGGCUGCCUGCCCUCACUGGGUUUAAAGCUAGGCUGGAGAAGAUGCGCAAGGGAUCGGACUUGAUACUAGAACGAAUUAUCGACAACCAUAAAUCGAGAAGCAAAGGUGGUGAUGAUGAUGAUUAUGAUGGUGACGAAGACAAUAUUCUUGAUAUCCUUCUGACUCUUCAAGAAACUCAGGAGCUUGGCGUUCCCAUCACGAUGAAUGCCAUAAAAGCAAUGACUUUGGAAAUAUUUCUUGCUGGCAUCGAUACGUCAACAACAACGAUAGAGUGGAAUAUAUCGGAAAUGAUAAAGAAUCCAAGAGUACUGCAUAAAGCACAACAGGAGGUUAGGCAGGUGUUUGGUGACGACUGUGAUGAGAAGAACGCUUUCGGCGAAGCUGGCCUUCAUCGGUUGAAGUAUUUGGAUAUGGUUAUCGCCGAGUCGUUCAGAUUGCACCCGCCGGGUCCUUUGCUUGCUCCGCGAGAAAACAGAGAUCAGCGGGUGGAACUGAAUUCGUAUGAUGAGGUCCCGGUCAACAGUUACGUCAUUGUGAAUGCGUGGGCGAUCAAUCGGGAUCCUCGUUACUGGACGGAGGCGGAGCGAUUCUUUCCGGAAAGAUUUAUGGACCGCUCGAUUGAUUAUACGGGGAACGAUUUCCAGUUCAUCCCGUUUGGUGCCGGAAGAAGGAUGUGCCCUGGGAACUCUUUCAGAAUGGCGAUCGUGAAAAUUACUCUGGCAAAUUUGCUUUUUCACUUCGACUGGACGCUUCCCGCGGAACAAAAAAACAUUGAUAUGACGGAAAGCUUUGGAGUGACGCUCAGAAGAAGAUAUCCUCUUCGUCUUAUUCCAACUCCAUAUCGUCACAUUCUUUGAAUGAAGGAAAAUCAAAUGCUAAUAAGGAUGCACAUUGUAUAUGUGUGCUUUCUUUUGUUUAUGUAUGUGUAAUUUCCUUAAUCCUAUCUAUCGUCAGUUGUUUGUGUGUUCUAUUUAUGAACUUUUGUGUGUUUUAAUUUUAUUUUUUAUUUC